GCCUUCAUGCAUAGAUGCGCUAGCUAUCAUCAAACAAGUUAGAAGUGUUUGGGAAGCUAUGGGUUCUUGUGAAGGAGGAGUUGCGGUGGUAGUGAAGAGGACAGAAGUUGUGGUGGCCGUGUUGCCGGUGGCCGAGAGUCGCCUGGCAAUGUCGAAUCUUGAUUUGCUGCUGCCACCAUUGGACGUCGGAAUCUUCCUCUGCUAUGACAAGGGCAGCGAAAAUAUUAACAACGAGACGAAGAUUAGCAUGCUAAAGAGAGGCCUGGGUCAAGCAUUGGUUCCCUUCUAUCCACUUGCGGGAGAAGUGGUUAUGAAUAGUCAAGGUGAACCUGCCUUGUUUUGCAACAACCGUGGUGUGGAUUUUGUCCAUGCUUUUGCGGAUAUCGAUCUACAGCACCUUGAUCUCUACACUCCAGACGCCUCUAUUCACGGCAAUUUCGUUCCCAUCAAGAAACAUGGCGUUCUUUCCGUACAGGUGACGGAGACUAAGUGUGGUGGAUUGGUGAUAGGGUGCACCUUUGAUCAUAGAGCAGCCGACGCACACUCAAUCAACAAGUUUUUAGUUGCAUGGGCAGAUAUAACCAGAUCCAUCUGCCCCCUAAACAUCUCAGACAAAGCCAUGGUAAACAAAUACACCCCAUGCUUCCGGCGCUCAUUACUAACUCCCCGAAAGCCCAGCCACCAUGACCCCGCCAUCGACGACAUGUACAUCCUCAUCAAAAACGCCGCACCCCCAUCUAAUUCCCCGCCACUGUUCCAUCUCCAGAGCCGCAUAUAUCAGAUCAGCGCCUACCACAUCCAGCGUCUCCAGUCCCUAGCCGGACCCAAACGCACCAAACUCGAGUCCUUCACUGCCUUGCUCUGGAAGUUACUCGCCAAAUCCGCCAAACACAACAAAAAGAAAUGCAAACUCGGAAUCGUGGUAAACGGACGAAACUGCUUAACCGAUUCUUCCACAACCGACACGAAGAUCUCCUUCGAUGAGUAUUUCGGGAACGUGCUCUCAGUCCCCUAUAGUGAAUCCACCGUGGGUGAGCUCAAGUCCCUGCCACUCUCCGCGAUCGCCAACAAGGUGCAUGCAUGCGUGGAGAGCGCCGCAAAUGAGGAGCACUUCAGGGGCCUGGUGGAUUGGGUGGAGAAGCAGCGUCCCCAGCAAGCGAUGUGCAAGGUUUACUCGUGCAUCCCCAAUGAGGCCGAGGAGGCGGCGGUUGUGGUCUCGUCUGGCCAGCGGUUUCCGGUGAGCCAGAUGGAGUUUGGAUGGGGGCGGCCUUGUUUCGGGUCGUAUUAUUUUCCUUGGGGAGGAUAUACCGGAUAUGUUAUGCCGAUGCCGAGUGCUGCGAAUGAUGGGGAUUGGAUUGUGUUCAUGCAUCUCUCGCCGAGUCACCUUGAUUUCAUCGAGAGAGAUGCACCUAACAUCUUCAAACCAUUUGUUAAAUAAUUCAACCACUAUUCCUGAUUUCGUAUGUUAUGUGUAAUUUACAUUUCGGUUCUGGUAUGUAAAAUAUAAUCAAAUAUGUUUAAUGUAUGCUGUGUACAAUAUUAAGCCAAGGUCUCAGACUCUCACGUAAUCAGAUAUAAAUAUCAAAUUGAUGUUCAGAUGUAGAUUUUCUCCGCUUUGUUAUUGCAAAACGAGCUGAGGAAUGCUUGUUGAAGAUAAUCGAUGCAUCAAAUACUUUUUUCUUGUGAUCA